UCUCUCUACCCUUAUAUAAACUACUACCAUUCGCCAUGUAUCGUCAAAUUCGAACCUUACAAAACUACGUCUCAGUGAGCAAAGCAUUCAAAUACAAGCAAGCUCAAGAAAAUCAAGAACCAUAGUCUUGUUAAGCUCUCUGCUUCUCGAUCCCGUUUUCUUCAGGAACCAACCUAUUCAACUCAUUCUCUUACUGAAAAUUUCACAAUGGCAUCCAAGAAUGUAGGAAAGGCCAUUGGCAUUGACCUUGGCACGACGUAUAGCUGUGUCGCCGUUUGGCAAAAUGACCGCGUGGAGAUCAUAGCAAAUGACCAAGGCAAUAGAACAACUCCCUCCUACGUUGCUUUUACAGAUACCGAGCGGCUCAUUGGGGAUGCGGCCAAGAACCAGGUCGCCAUGAACCCGCAGAACACGGUCUUCGAUGCCAAGCGCCUCAUUGGUCGACGGUUUUCCGACCCUACCGUCCAGAGCGACAUGAAGCACUGGCCUUUCAAGGUUGUCGCAGGACCCGGAGACAAGCCGAUGAUAGUGGUGCAGCAUAAAGGCGAAGAGAAGCAAUUCGCGCCCGAAGAAAUUUCUUCUAUGGUGUUGAUCAAGAUGAGGGAGAUUGCCGAGGCUUAUCUGGGUCACGCAGUGAAUAACGCCGUGAUCACGGUCCCUGCCUACUUCAACGAUUCGCAGAGGCAGGCCACCAAGGACGCUGGAGCUAUUGCGGGACUCAAUGUGAUAAGGAUUAUCAAUGAGCCAACUGCCGCGGCCAUUGCUUAUGGACUUGACAAGAAGGGGUCGAGGUCCGGGGAAAAGAAUGUGCUUAUUUUCGAUCUCGGUGGUGGGACAUUCGAUGUUUCACUCCUGUCAAUCGAGGAAGGGAUAUUUGAGGUUAAGGCCACUGCUGGUGAUACCCAUCUUGGUGGUGAGGACUUCGAUAACAGGCUAGUGAAUCACUUUGCGGCAGAGUUCAAGAGGAAGCACAAGAAAGAUAUUAGUGGCAAUGCGAGAGCUUUGAGGCGGUUGAGGACUGCAUGUGAGAGGGCGAAGAGGACUCUUUCUUCGACCACUCAGACGACUAUUGAGAUUGAUUCGCUCUAUGAAGGCAUUGAUUUCUAUGCUACAAUUACAAGGGCGAGAUUUGAAGAACUAAACAUGGAUCUAUUCAGGAAGUGUAUGGAACCAGUGGAGAAAUGUUUUCGAGACGCGAAGAUUGACAAGAGUCAGGUUAACGAGAUUGUUCUCGUUGGUGGGUCCACGAGGAUUCCCAAAGUCCAGCAGCUUCUGCAGGAUUUCUUUAAUGGCAAGGAACUCUGCAAGAGCAUAAACCCGGAUGAAGCUGUCGCUUAUGGGGCUGCUGUGCAAGCCGCAAUUUUGAGCGGGGAAGGGAAUGAGAAGGUCCAAGACUUACUCUUGCUUGAUGUCACCCCUCUCAGCCUUGGUAUCGAGACUGCUGGUGGCGUUAUGACGGUCUUGAUUCCGAGGAACACAACAAUUCCCACUAAGAAGGAGCAAAUUUUCUCGACUUAUUCAGACAAUCAGCCAGGAGUGCUGAUCCAGGUGUAUGAAGGUGAGAGGGCUAAAACCAAGGACAACAACCUUCUCGGGAAAUUCGAGCUAACGGGCAUUCCUCCCGCUCCAAGAGGCGUUCCUCAAAUCAAUGUGUGCUUCGACAUUGAUGCCAAUGGUAUACUAAAUGUGUCGGCCGAGGACAAGACUGCCGGAGUAAAGAACAAGAUUACCAUCACCAACGACAAGGGAAGGUUGAGCAAGGAAGAGAUUGAGAGAUUGGUGCAAGAGGCAGAGAAGUACAAGGCAGAGGACGAGGAGGUGAAGAAGAAGGUGGAGGCUAGGAACUCGCUCGAGAAUUACGCAUACAACAUGAGAAAUACUGUGAAGGACGAGAAGUUUGCUGGGAAAUUGCAUCCAGGGGACAAGCAGAAGAUCGAGAAGGCCAUUGACGAGACGAUUGAGUGGCUGGACGGGAACCAAUUGGCUGAAGCCGACGAGUUUGAGGACAAGUUGAAAGAGUUGGAGGGUUUGUGCAAUCCAAUUGUCGCGAAGAUGUAUCAGGGUGCUGGUGGGGACGGACCCAUGGGUGGUGGUGCCGAGCCUUCAUCUGGUAGUUCUGGAGCCGGGCCUAAGAUCGAAGAGGUUGACUGAGGCUUCUAAAGCGUCCCAUCUGUCGAUUCCAUUGUCUGUAAUCUGGUUUUGUCACUUUGUUUUGGCUUAUGCUCGAGUGCUUGGAGGAAAUACAAUAAUGAAAAAUAAAAGUAAAAACAGUACUUGUAGAUGUAAAGUUGUAAUAUUUUUA